UUCCAAGAGGAAAGCUUCACGUAUUUUGGACGAACUUUCCUUGUAGCUUCGUGGACUGCAAAGGUGAAGGGGAUUAAAGGUUGAGCCAUACUCCAGCCAAAUGGGAAGAGAGAGAGAGAGAGAGAAUUUGUUAAGAAUGUUAAGAAAGAAACGAGACAAAAAAAGAGACAAAGAAAGAGGCAAAGAAAGAGAGAGAGCGUUUUAUGAAAAUGGAAGCAAACUACAUGAGAAGCUGAUUGCCACUUGUAAUGGUAGGCCAAUUCCUAUCCGUAGCUACUCUUGUGAAGAACUCCAGCGGGCAACAAAUAACUACGAUCCUAGCUGUUUUUUUCAUACAGCUGUUUCUGCAAAGAUGAGCCCUCACAAUAAUGUUCUAAAGCUCAUAGGGUGCUGUCUCGAGACUCAAGUCCCCAUUUCAGUGUAUGAAUCUGCUGCAAAUGGAUCACUUUCGAGUCGAUUAUUUAAUGAUACUAGUCAUGAUGGUGCACAACAACAUGAACGUGAGGCGCCCUUGUCAUGGCAGAGCAGGCUAAAGAUUGCAAGGGAAAUUGUUCAUGCAAUUUCGUAUCUCCACACUGCGUUCUCAAGACCUAUUGUCCACAGGGACAUAAAAACAGGAAAUGUCUUCCUAGACCAACACGGUGUUGCCAAACUAACUGAUUUUUCAUUUUCCAUAUCGAUCCCUGAAGGUGAAACUCACGUAGAGGAUGUUCUUUGUGGAAGUGGAACUCAAUAUUUUGUAUGCCCCCACUAUUUGGCUACAAACUACAUAACGGAGAAAGUUGACGUCUACAGCUUCGGAUCGUUUCUGUUAGAGCUUUUAACUGGACAGAAAUUGCAGUAUCUAUUUAACACCACUGACUAUUUUAAUGUUGAGGAUCUUGAAAAUGACAGAAAAAGAUUUACCAUAAAUGAGGUUGUGGAUCCUGCAAUCCUUGUAGGGGAAGAAGGAUCUGUUGUGUGGCAACAAUUACAAGCUGUAUUACGGCUUGCCCUCAUAUGCAGAAAAAAGGAUCCAGAGAUCAGGCCAGAUAUGGUUGAUGUUACAAAAGAGCUCAGAAAAAUUGAGAGGUUCAUCCUAUGAUUAUUUGGGGUCUGUUUGGAUACCAAUGAAAAAUUAAAAUAAUUUUAUUAUUCAGCUUGUUUUUUUUACUAUUAUAGGC